AUGCUGAAGGACAUUAGGAUGGGUAUCACGGACCCCCAGCGUCUCCGCGGACUCUACAACGACAUCAUACUUGGGGUGGGAUGCCCCAGACAUAUUUCUCCCAUGGUCGGCCAAGAGACGGAGAAGCUUCUCUUUCUGACCGAGGCUGUCGCUGCUGGUGCUAUAUACAUCGGCCACGGCGAGUCGCCCCUAGAGAAGGUCAAGACUCCUAGCAAUGACCCAGGUUGUUAUGCAUUUCUUCUCAGCACCGCCACGAUCCAGCAGAAGAUAACAUGGAGUCAUCAAUGCAGUUCGUUGAUGCGCCUGCUGGGUCAAUCAACCCAGGACAAACCUAUCUAUGUCGUCGACUGCGAUGCCCCAUCUUGUCGUGUACAGUUGCAAGAAUCUCUCGUGAUAGAAAAGCAGUCCGGGCGUGAUCUUGUUACUCAAUUGGUUUGGGAACACCCACUCGAUCCUCCAACGAACUUUGAUCCAGACACUCGAAACGAAUGGGAUACCAGGCGAAACGAAAAAAGCCCUGUCCCUCCCGAUAACGGCCCCAGUUGGCAUUUCCCAGCUGCCACAGACACCGGCGAAAAUGAAGAUGCUCAGGAUACUGAGGGUGACGAGGAGGAUGAGGAUGCCGAAGAACUCGAACCCCCGCCAGAAUAUUGCUUGGCUCGUUAUGCCCCGGGUUCCUUGAAGAUUACAGAUCGCUCAGACGAGGAAGACGACAAGAAGCCUAUGGAUCGUCGCUUCAUCAGGAUCCCCUGCCCUGGAAUACGCUGCAAUAACAACACCUCGCGCGAAUGGAAAUGCUUCCAAUGCUCUGUGCCCGUCGAGUUUGGCGUGACAGACGACUACAUCUACUGCGAAUGUGGUCAUUGCCUCUACAGCUCCUACGACUUCAAGUGCAAUGGCAAGAAUCACGGACCAGGCUUCGACAAGUACCCGUCACAUACACUACUAGCCAUGCUUCGAAGUCUCAAGUCUCUCAAGUCCGACUCGAUCAACAUCUUGAUCCUCGGCGAGACAGACGUCGGAAAGUCGACCUUCAUCAACGGCUUCGCCAACUACCUCACCUACAACACCCUAGACGAAGCCAAAGCCGCCAAACAAUUGACCGUACUCAUUCCCUGCUCCUUCUCAACCCAGAUCAUGGACAGAGAUGAUCCCAACGAUGAAAUCCAAGAAUAUUCCGUCCGCGCUGGGGGAUCAAGAGACGACGAAAGGGACGGCAUCAAGGGACAGUCGGCGACCCAACAGACAUACGUGUACCCCAUCACCAUCGGCACGACCACGUACCGCCUCUUUGACACCCCAGGCAUUGGCGACACCCGGGGAGCUCAGUAUGACAAAGAGAACAUGGCCGACAUGAUGAAGACACUGAGUGACUACGAUGUCCUCCACGGUACCCUUAUCCUUCUCAAAUCCAACAGCCCACGUCUGAACCUGUUGUUCAAAUUCUGCAUCACAGAACUUCUGACACAUCUGCACCGGAGCGCCGUGUCAAAUGUUGUCUUUGGGUUCACAAACACUCGCAUCUCCAACUACGCACCCGGCGACGCAUAUGCUCCUCUCAAGAAGCUUCUCGAGGAACGUGGCGAUCUCGGCCUUGCUCCCAGAAAGUCAAACAUCUACUGCUUCGACUCAGAGAGCUUCCGCUAUCUCGCAACGCACUUUUCGAAACUCCCAGUGUCAAAUGAAGACGACAUGCGCAAGAGCUGGAAGCAUUCCAAGGAAGAGUCUCAAAGACUCGUUAAACACUUCCAAUCAAUAACUCCACACAACGUCAACAGCACACUCAGCAUGAACGGCGCCCGUGAAGUGACCCGGCUGAUGAGACCCAUUUCAGAGAUAUCGCAUCGCAUCUCAAUCAGUUCGGCCAUGGUAGAACAGAACAUAAAAGAUCUCACAGACAUGAAGCUCAAGGGAGACCAACUCCUCGAAAAGCUAUACCCCGAGAUCAUCCAGACCAAGAUCAGGAAGCUCAGCAAGCCUCAAACCGUCUGCAACAGCCCCAAUUGCAUUGAGAUCAGAGAAAUCGGCAAUGGGAAUAGUGUCAAAGUCCACAAGAGAGUUUGCCACGCAGAAUGUAAUCUCACCAAUGUCAAGCAAGAAGCCCUCGCCGACCCAGCUCUGCUCAAAUGUCGGGUCUUCAAAAGGGGCAAAACGGAAAAGUGCACCAAGUGCUCGUGCCAUUGGCAGCAGCACAUGCACAUCCUCUACGAAGUGUACGAAGUCAAAGAAAGGGUGAGGGACGAAGAAAUUAAGCGCAUGAUCGAUAACAAUGACGACGAGAUUGACGUCCGACAAAAGGCCGCCAUAAAUGCGACAAAACUGAGGGAUGAGUACAGAGACGAGCUCAGGAAGAUGCAAGAGGCGAGAGCAUGGUUCGUAGUGUUUCUCACAAAGAACGCAAUGGCGCCCAUCAACGACACGACAGUGGAAUACCUCGAUAUGCUAUUCCAGGACGAGCUGACCAAUCUCGAGGCUAGCAAGAAGCUGGGACUUCCUGUCGACAAGCAAAAGGAAAAGCUCAAGGCCCUUCGCAAAGACCGACAAGCAAAUCUUGAACUCGUCGAGGCCUUCCAGCAGAACAACCACGAAUUCCAAGACCAACACCUCACCGAAAAGGGCAUACAGGACCUAGUCAAGUCGCUCUACAACCUCAAGCACUUUGGCAAGGAUCUCAAAAGUCUAGAGAGCACCAUAACAUCAUCUCACAAGGCUACGUUGCGCGAGCGACCGUUUCGCGUGUCACGGCCUGGAGGAAGGCAAGCUGCCCGCAGCGCGUCUGAGAAGAGGCCAAGCGGGGAGGGGGCUGUGGUUGUACACAGUGGCAAACAUAAGAGUAGGCGCAAGAGGGGAGGACAGGGUGGAUUGGGAGGUUGGUUGCCGAGCCUUACUCGGAGGUGA